AUAUAGAAUCCGGAAGUUCCGCCAUAAGAGCUGUUGACGCUUCUUGGGGGAAAAGAAGCAAAACAUUGACUACAUUCGGUACAAGGGAGCAACAUACACAGCAUUGAAGACAGCAAUAUGGCCAAAUUUGGCGUGAUGAAUGUUCGCGACAAAAACGCGUAUAAAUGCUGUUUUUGCUGCCAUGUUAAAACAGGAACGAUACUGUAUGGGCUGUUCUGUCUGUUGAUGAACAUUGUUGCACUCGGGGUAGUUAUUCUGCUGUCUAUUCGUCCCGACAUACUUCGCAUCAGCCAAGUGCACAUGUCAAUCACAGGUCCUAACAAUGAUGGAAUUUACUUGGAUGAUGCACAUUCUGGCUUCAGAGCAUCUCAGGAACUGGAUCAGAGAAAAGCUUAUAAAGAGGACCUUUGCAUGGCUUAUGCUAUGACUUUCGUUUCCCUGAUGUCAGUAGUUGCCUUACUGUAUGGUGUUAUCAAGACUCGUCCAAGCUUUAUGAUCCCCUUCUUCUGCCUGCAUGUGUUCCUGUUCUGUCUGAGUUGUUUGAGCUUGGUCAGCUACUUUACCUAUGCUCCACACUUCAAUAUCAAGCUGUGGAUUGAAGACUCAGGCCUGAACAAGCUGCCUGGCAUGGAACAUGUGAUGGAAAUAGACAGUGACUACCUGAUGUUUAUUGUCAUUACAACACUUAUCCUUGCACUUUGUCUUAAGGCUUACCUGAUUGGCAUGAUCUGGGCAUGCUAUAAAUACGUCCAGCAGGCUGUGAUUGCACGCAGCAUGACUCGCGAGUACCAAGUUGAUCCAGACACUGAGAUGCUGUUGCCCCCUAGAUAUGAGGAUGCUAUCAAGAUUGAAGGUGCCACACAGCCUUCACCACCUCCAUAUACCCAGUAAACAUCCAUGCAGCACUUCUGUUAGCAGUACCCUUUGGCAAAAGAACACCAUCAGUCCAGUAAAUGGUUGAAAGCAAAAUGAGCUGCUUCUUGUAGGUUCUAGACUCAGUUUUAAAUUGGCUUUUGAUGAACACAUCCCUGUCAUCAAACAGUAAUUUUUUUUUGUUUUUGUUUUGUGUAGAUACAAAACGCUGGCUAGGCCAUCUUGCAUUUAUACACAUGCAAGCAAGAAUGCUGUAAAAUGCUAAAGGGUUUGCUUCUGUGAGUGAGAAAACAGGCAUGAUGCGAUCGAUUUUCUGUUUCUAUUUAAAGUUGUAACCAGCCUUUUUUUUUUUUGUCUCUAGGUACAUAUUUUUAUUUCUUUGUUCCUAACUCAGUAGUGUGCAUUCUGACAGGCAUUUCAAGUUGAUAUUUUGCCAUGAUGUGUCCAAGCCUUUCCAAAUUUUUUUGUCCUGAUUAAAAACUGUUAACUUUAGAUAGAGCAGAUUAAUGACAGAUUUUAAUCUUUUUGGGUAUUGCACACAAACACAAAUAUAUAUCUGUGCUUGACAGACAUCCUUAAACUUAACUUGUUUUUAAUUUAUCUUUGAAUAUAAAAUUGUUUGGAGACAGCAGAUAUAUUCUGAAAUCAUAUGGCAUGAAGCUGUGUGGUGUCAAAUAGACCUGAAGGAUACAGACCUUAUUUAAUAGAAAAUUCAGGCAGCUGUGUUUUCAUCCUGGUUUGCACUGUGCUUUACAUCAGUACUUUUAUUGUAUUAGAGCAUUUUCCAGUACAGUUCAUUUCCUUACUUCCCUACUCGUUUUUGUGGCUUGGUGAACUUCAGUUUCUUGUGUCAGCAGAUAUAGCAGUACUUCACAUAUCAACCUGGUGGUGUCUGCUUCUCCAGUUUUUAUUUUAAUGCAAUAAUAAAAAUGCUAUGUUCUCCAUGUUGUUAUACAAAUUUGAUUGUAAAUUUUGUUUGUUUAAAAGUAGUAUGGUAGUAAUAUCUAAGUUAGACUGAUUCAAACUUGAAAGGAUAUUUAAGAGAUAUGUUUAAAUUGCACCACGUUUGUGCUUCAUUCAGAUGGCAAACAGUUUUUAAGUCCUCAGUAAAGCUGUUUUUAAUUUGUGCAUUUCAUAACAAGAAAAAUACUAAGAACAGCUUUGUCUGCAGCACUGCGUGACAUCUUUCUUUAGUUCAGCACAAGUCAUACAUAUAAUAGUGUAAAUAUAUUGUGCUUCUUUGCGAAUUUGUUUUUUAUCGAGAUGAACUCUUUGAUGCUUACAAAGAGAAUUUUAUUUCUACAUUUUAAGUUUUAAUUAAUCUUGAGUUCUUUAGGUAUGAAUAGUACAUAGACUUUCUCAUUGCCAUAACGGAGAGUUAAUUCCUGGCACCAAAAGAAGAAAAAAGGGAAUUUGUUUAUUGCGUUUUCACUCAUUUUUCUCUUUGUUUUAGAUUCUUAAUAGUGUUCAUCAUAUUCAAGAUUGCCUUAAGUCUUGCUGAGUAAAUUAUACUGGCAUCACUGUGAUUUUGUUCAAUAAUUGUUUAUCAGUAAAAUAAAUUAAUUUAUAAUUUAGUAUUACAUAUGCUUCUGUAGCAGAUUUUGUGCUUUCCACUUCAGACAUGUUUUAGAUUGGAAAUAUACUGUACAAUGUUGUUUUUUGUCAUAAACAGUGAUAAGGCUUUUUGAAAAUUGUGGUAUCCUGACAGGUUUCUUUUGCAAACAGUGGUUUAUUGUUUCAGGGUCACAUUUUGGUAGGGUCUAAUAAAUUGUGGCUUUUGUGGAAAAA